AUGGCAAACGAUGAGCAAUGGAGCGGCAUGGAGAACACAACCGAGGACCCGGAGGAGACCAAGGUCAUAUUCUGCGCACUAGACUCGUUCCUCCAAUAUGCCAAGGUAGCUCACUUCAACGUUACUCACCUAAGAAGGCAGUCCUUCUACGCACUGCCCCAAGCCCAUUGGCAGAUGCUAGCAGCGGCACCUUUUAACUUCCUCGACACGUUGGAGCGCACCGAUGAAGCAAUAGACGCCAACGCACAGCUUGCCAGAGCAAUUGCCCACAAUGGCUUGCGGUCGUUCCACAUCGUCGAGGCUGACGAGGCGGAACCGAAGAUGCCCCAUGAGUGGGUGGGUGUGGCCAAGCACAGUGACACCGACAAAGCCCGGAGCACCCUCCGUCAGUUCUUCCGUGACUGGUCUGCAGAGGGAGCAGAGGAGCGCCGCGUAUGCUAUGGCCCUGUGCUGGAUGCUGUCAACCGUGAGCGCGAGGGUCGUUCGGAUUCCAGCCCCUUGAAGGUGCUUGUGCCUGGGGCAGGUCUAGGUCGCCUUGUUUUUGAUCUUUGUCGGUCCGGCCACGAUGCUGAGGGCAACGAGAUCUCAUACCACCAGCUCCUCGCCUCUUCGUACAUUCUCAACUGCACGGCAAGAGCUGGCCAGCACACAAUCUACCCUUGGGUGCACACCUUCUCCAACCACCGCACACGAACUAAUCACCUGAGGAGCUAUGCGGUCCCUGACAUACAUCCCGCCACGGAACUUGCUGUUGCAGGCCCAUCGGUGGGAUCCAUGGCCAUGUGUGCUGCGGACUUUUUGUGCCUGUACGCUGACGCCGACCACGCCGACACCUACGACGCCGUAGCUACUGUCUUCUUCCUCGACACCGCGCCAAAUCUAGUGCGGUACCUUGAGGCUAUAUAUCACUGUCUGCGUCCUGGGGGCGUGCUCAUCAACUUUGGUCCGCUGCUGUGGCAUUUCGAGAACAAUGCCCCUGGUAACCACGGUCGUGAUACAGACGGUGACGGGGAGCACGACUACACCAACUCAUCAGGCAUUGCCGACCCCGGAAGCUUUGAACUGAGUGAUGAUGAGGUCAUGGCAUUGGUAGAAAAGAUCGGAUUCGUAGUUGAAAAGCGUGAAACAGGCAUCGAGGCACCUUACAUCCACGACCGCGAGAGCAUGCUGUCAACAACAUACAGGGCAAGUUUCUGGGUAGCACGAAAGCCAAGGCAAUAA